GGGACUUAUCACUUCAAAAUACUCGUCCCAUCUGUUGCUGCGGGAGCUAUCAUUGGUAAGGGGGGCGAGACCAUUGCCCAAUUACAAAAAGAGGCUGGGGCUAGAGUUAAAAUGUCAAAAGCAACAGAUUUUUAUCCAGUACUUUGCCUCACCAGUGACUGAGUGGAUAAGGCUACUAAUCUUUCACAUUCUUCAAAUUGAGGUCAGAUUGCAGUGAACUGGCUGGCUGCGUGGGAAUUUUAUGGUUUUCACCAUGCGUAAUGUAAAUGAAAUUUCGUUUCCCAUGAAACACUUUCCUUCACUUGGCAAGUAGCCUUCAUAAUUCCCUUGUUUAUAUAAUUCAACCAUCUGAUUGCUGAAAAAAGGAACAACAGAAAGGGUGUGUCUUAUUACCGGGAGUGUCGACGGUAUUGUACGGAUCCAUGAAUUCAUUAUGGAAAAAGUUAAAGAAAAACCUGAUCCAAAUGCAAAAAUGGCCAUUGAUUUUGAUCACAAGCAGCCAGCAGAAAGAGAGAAGCAAGUUAAAAUCCUCGUUCCUAAUAGUACAGCAGGGAUGAUUAUAGGUAAAGGUGGCAGUUAUAUCAAACAAAUUAAAGAAGAAAGUGGUGCUUAUGUACAAAUAUCUCAGAAGUCCAAGGACCAUGCCUUAGCUGAACGUUGUAUAACUGUGAUUGGUGAGAUGGAGAACAAUAAAACUGCUUGUCAUAUGAUUCUAGCAAAAAUUGUUGAAGAUCCACAGAGUGGUAGUUGUCUUAAUGUAAGUUAUGCUGAUGUAACUGGUCCAGUAGCCAAUUUCAAUCCUACUGGCUCACCUUUUGCCAAUCCUGGUAGUGUUCCUAGUGGUGCUAUGAAUAACAGCAACACCAGUUACAGUUCUAAUGGCAGCUUAAAUAGCCUCAGUCCUACUGUAACCAACAGUUUCCAUAGUCCUCAAACUGGUGCCACCCACACAGGAAUUGUGCCAUUUCCUGGUAUGGGAAUGGGUGGCCCUGCAAUCCCUCCUACCAAUGCUGCUCAGGUAAUUGAAACGAUCAAGACAAUGCUUAGAGGAAAUGGUUUUUCCGAACAAGCAGUGUCUGAGAUUAGUGCAGCAUUGAAUGUAUUAGCUAGUUAUGGUAUUCUAGGAAUUGGACUUGGUAUAUUAAAUGGAGUUAAUGGCGCUCCGGUUGUGGGUGGUCUUGGAAUGGGAAUGCCAAAUUCUGCAGCAACUAGUUGUCCAAUGCCACCAGGAGGAAUGACAAAUCAGGCUAUGUAUACAUCUCCAACAGGUGUACCAGGAAUGGAAGCUGCUUGCAAUUCUGUAGUUACAUCCGGUCCAAUGGGAGCUGGCUCUAGUAUGUUUGGCCCUAUUGGAAGCCUUGGAAAUGGCAUGUCAGGAUUAGGCCUUGGACCUGGCUUUACUUCACCUACUACAUCUCGUUCAAGUGACCGUUUUCUUGUACAAGCAGAUGCAGCCGUAUUUGAACCGUUCCGUAGAACCUCUCCUGCCCUUGCUUCACCAAGUGCAGCUGCCUUACCUGUGAAUAAUAAUUCUUUUGGACUCGGAACUGGUUUAAAUUCUGGACCUCCUAGUUUGAGGAAAAGUCCUACUCCUAGUGAUAGGCAAAUUGGUGAUGCUACAAAAAUAGAAAUUGAAGUUGGCGAAAACAUAGUUGGAGCAAUAUUGGGACCAGGUGGAAAAGCACUUGUAGAAAUUCAACGAUUUAGUGGAGCUAACAUUCAGAUCUCUAAAAAAGGAAUAUUUGCUCCUGGAACACGUAAUCGCAUAGUCACUAUCACUGGUCUCACUAAUGCUGUUAACACUGCUCAGUACCUCAUUGAGCGUCAAAUAGCAGAGGAAGAAGCAAAGCGAGCUCAACAAAAUGCCAUGGGAGUUCUACGUUAACAAGAACUUUACCUAGUGUUAUGUUAUCGCCUUCCUCAUCAUAUUUCUUUAUCUAUGGUUUUAUUCCCUCUUCUGUAAACCUGCAUGCACCUAUGGUGCAAAGCUGUGUGGUGAUUAGAACCCAAGCACCUUGCUACAGCUCUGAGUGAAUAAAUUGCCUAUUAACCUUAUCAUACUGUAAUAUAUAUACAUGAAAGUUUGUAUCAUCUAGGAAAUAAUGGGUAAUAAUUAUAGCUGUAUUUGCACUUUUUGUUGCAUAACAGCACAUGGUGUGUGCAUACAAAUGGAUUCAAUGGUCUGAUCAGAAGUGUAUUUUCACGAACUGGUUGUUAUUGUUACCCAAGCUGCACUGACUAUACAAAUGUGGCCAUUCAGGCUCCUCAUAAGGAAAGAAAAUAAAAGUGGAUUAAAUUUUAUAACAAAUUGAUAGAUUUUUGUAACUUCAGUUUAUGUUUUUGUUCAUGAACAUUUGCAAAGUAAAGUGCUUUGAUAAAUUUAUUCUUUUGUGUUGAUGUUUGGCUAAGUCAUUUAGUUUUGCUAUGCUUGGAUGUUUAACUGGUAGCCAGAGUUACUUUAUGAUUGGGAGUAUUCUUAUUUUGCUUCCAUAUAUAUUAUAUAUAUAUAUAUAUAUAUAUAUAUAUACAACACAUUUACAAUACAUAUACAUAUAUAUUUUCAAUUAUAGGAUAAAUAUACUAGCAAUUACGCUGAAAAAUGAUUUCUAAUAAGGUAAAAAAAAAUCAAAGACCUUAUUGGCUGUGAUCAGUAUUGCAUUCAUUUUGCAAAACCUUAUGUUUAUUUCUUAUUUUGUCUUUAUGGUUGUUUUCAACUUUUCUAAUGCAUUCAUUUAUUAUUUAGAUCCAAAACUUUGUGCAAAUUUAAAAUGUAAAUUGGUUGGCUGUGAUCAGUAUUGUAAUCUAUUUUAUUGCGUGUUAUAAUCUUCAAACAUAUAACAUAAAUUUCUCUCUUAUUUACCGUUUACAUUUUGUUAAUAUUCAAAUAACACAUUUAUUCAUCUCAUAGAAUAUUUAAAUACGAACUCAAAUCAUAAAAUAACUGGCUGUGAUCAGUAUUGUGAUUUCAAGGAUUUUUCAUGAAAUUGUUUUAAUUCUUAAGUUAUUGUUUACAUCAUAAAAAUAUCAUUGUUCCUCUGUGCUUCAGUUUUGUUACAAGUUGUGUUAUAUAUAUAUAAAGUUAUUAAAUCAAAUAUUAAAAAAAUUGUGGUGUGAAAAAUUACUUGAGCUAUAACUACAUGUUUAAUAGCCUUAAAAAUGAGCAUGUUCAGGUUAGCACUUGGAAUUCAGUUUUUAAAAGAUUCUAAAUGAAUUUUUUAUAUAUACAAGAUAGCAAAUAUUUUUUUCUUUUGUUGUUUAAAUGAAUGCAGGUGUGUUUUUAAUGUUUUCGUGCUUCCAUUAGUGUAAUUUUUAUUUGACAGUUCCUGAAAUGGAAGUUAUAUGAAAUGUAUAAAGAAUGAUCAUAUGUGAGAUAUAUUUUUUGUGAGAUUAUAUUCAAAGCUUUGUUGUAUUUCUGAAAAUUGUAAAUAUUCUGCAAAUUAGAUUAAAAAAAAUUUCAGAUUCUGUUGUUCAGUUGUGUAGCCUCUAAAGAAUUUAUUUAAUUAUUUUAAUAUAUUAUGUUGAAUUUAUACUUGUAUAGUUUUCAUUCGAUCAAGUACCCAAUGUAGCAGUAAUUUUUAAAUUUGUAUAUUUUAUUUUUCAUUAUAUGUAAUAAAAUGUAGUAUAUGAAAAAUAUAUGAAAUUUACUAUUUGAUAUGAAGUAAGACAAAGAUCAUGUAGCAAUAAUUGGAAUAAUCUAUGCAAGUACUUAACAUUUACAAUAUUGUUUCAGUCACCAAUGACCUCUGUUUGAAUCUUUUACCAUAAGAGCUUUAUUAAUUGAUAGAAAUAUUAUGCUAUUUGCUAAAAAAUUGAACUUUAAUGAGGAACAUUUCUUGUUCCAAUUUACCUGAUAGCAAUUACAAGUUUUUAAUGUUUUAUUAGGUAACUUUGCUUAUAUUAAAACUCAAAAUACAUGUAUAUAAAUAUAUAUGUAUGCAAUACUUAAUAACCAUUAAUUCUAACUUUAACAAUUGUUGAAAUAAUUUAAUGAGCUGUUAUGUUUUCCCUUUGAAACUGCAUACUAAACAAAAAGUGCAGAUUUUCCUUCAGGUUAGUAUAUAUAUAUAUAUAUCAUUCAAUACUUUUGCUGCUGAUCAGCAUCGAAAUGUUUAAAAGAAUGCCUUCAUUGUUUUUAUAUCUGAAUAUUACAGCACAUCUUAUCAUUCAUAAGAACCAUCAGUGAAACUUUAUAAAGCCUUUCAGUGAAAACCCAUUUGUAUGGGAAAUCUGAUGUUGAAUGUGAUUUCUUUUUAAGAUUUUCAUAUGGACAUUUUGUCAAAUACCUUCCUCCUUUCUAUGUAUGCCACCACCAUCUGUCUGUGUGAGGAUUCAUUUUGUAAGGCAUGAGUCAAGUUACAUUUCAGUUUGUAAGCUUAGGGUUAUUGUACUUAAAUUUUUAUUUUCAAAUUUUUCUUCUAAAUAUGUUUCAGUCAUAGAAGUGAGGUGAAUGAAAUUCUAUAAACAUUAUAUACAUAAAACCUAUACUUAAAUGUUCUCCUUAUAUAGGUAAAGAACAGUUAACUAUGCAAUAUUUGAAAGUAUAGUUAGGUGCUUUAAAAUGAACAUAACUGUGCUUUUCUUUUUCUGCAUUAUUCUGUGCUUUUGUACAAAUCACCUGUGAGUCAGAAAUUCUCAGCAUAGUCAUUGUUCAUCAUAAACACCAAUUUAUUCUUUCUGGUUUGGUAGCCAGAGCUGACUAGUCUUCUAUAUAUUUGUGUGUGCAUAUGUAUGUAUGAGAAUGUGGGUGGGUGCUGAAGAUGGUGGUGGAUCUAUCUUCAAAUGCUCAUUAUUCAUAAAGUUUGCACUUAAUUUGCAAAUUAUGCAGUGAUUUAUCAAUUAACAAUAUUUGAAAAGACUGAAAUUUUGUUUGUAAUUUUAUAAAACUUUUCUUUUUUGAAGAAUAAUAAUGAUAUGACUUUGUCAAAUCAUACUCAAUAUGUUAAUUGUAUUUCAACUGAAUACAUUAUUUUAUAGUCAUGUGUUCUUUGAGUGCAAGCAAGUUGUUGUUGGCUUGUCUCAUAAGUUAAGGUUUUCGCUAUAUAUCUAUAUAUUUUUAUUUUUCAUUGAGUUUGGCUAUAAUUGAAGUGAUUUUGGAAUGGAAAUUACACAGCUUUUACUGCUGCUAAAUGAAAUAAAGAUGUAAUGCCCUGCUUUGAUGUCUCUCAUUUUGUAACAAAUAUAAAAUAUAACUUUUCUUCAUUCUGAUUGCAAUAAGACCACUAACUAUAUAAUAAGUCUUUUGACAUAUUCUUUAAGUUUUCUAUUAUUUGUCACACAUUUCAUACUUGUUUGGAUUUCGUUGAGAAUGUUCAAAGUGCAAACUGCACUCUAGGUCUGUUGUUUAUGGGGAAGCUUUGUAUUUUCCACAUGUAUUUACAGUGGUUAUAAUAAAGAGAGAAAACUUUA